UGGAUUGCAAGGCUAGCAGCCCGGUCACGCAAGGUCUCCGGCGUCCUCCUCCACCUCCUCCGCGGGCAUGCCGGCGCCGGUCCUUUGCCAGAGCUGCGGGGCUGGCCGCGCGGCGCUCCGCCGUCCCAAGACAGGCCAGGCGCUGUGCCGGGAGUGCUUCGUGGCGGCUUUCGAGGCGGAGGUGCACGGCACCAUCGUGGCAGCGCGGCUCUUCCAGCCGGGCGAGACGGUGGCGGUCGGGGCGUCGGGCGGCAAGGACUCCACGGUGCUGGCCCACCUGCUGCGCCUGCUGAACGAGCGCCACGGCUACGGCCUGCGCCUCCUGCUGCUCUCCGUUAACGAGGGCAUCGCCGGCUACCGGGACGACUCGCUGGCCGCCGUGCAACGCAACCAGGACCGCCUGGGGCUGCCGCUGCACGUGGUCUCCUACCAGGAGCUCUACGGAUGGAGCAUGGACCGCAUCGCCCGCCACGUCGGCCCCAAGAACAACUGCACCUUCUGCGGUGUCUUCCGACGGCAGGCGCUCGACCGCGGCGCCGCCUUGCUGGGAGCCGACAAGAUAGCCACGGGUCACAAUGCAGAUGACGUAGCUGAGACAGUGCUGAUGAAUUUCCUGAGAGGCGAUGUGGGCCGGCUUCGGCGAUGUGCAGGGAUCCUCACUGGUGGUGAGGGGGCCUUGCCACGGUGCAAGCCCCUGAAGCACGCCUACGAGAAGGAGAUCGUCCUCUAUGCCUACUUCCAGGGCCUGGACUACUUCAGCACCGAGUGUGUCUAUGCACCCAAUGCUUACCGUGGCCACGCCCGUGCCCUGCUAAAAGACCUCGAGGCCGUGCGACCCAGUGCUGUGGCCGACCUGGUGCACUCGGGUGAGCGACUGGCAGUGCGCGAGGACGUGCGCAUGCCCACCCAGGGCACCUGCCAACGCUGUGGCUACCUCUCCAGCCAGUCCCUUUGCAAAGCGUGCGUGCUGCUGGAAGGGCUCAACCGCGGCCUGCCUCGACUGGGGAUUGGCAAGCCCAGCCGGCUGCAAAAGGCUCUGAUGGACACAGAGAAGCCAGAAGCAGGGUUCCAAGAAGACUCUCAGCAGCCCAGCAGGACUGUAAGGACCAUAGACUUCUGAAUCUGUGUUUUUCCUUUCUCGGAUCCCGAGAAGUUCUCCCUUGCCUGGAAAAUGCUGUCAUGUUGGAUCCAUGCAGCACGAACUGUGCAGAUCAGGGGUCCCCAGCAGGGCACCCCCAACACCUUUCCUGAUGCCUGCUAAGUGCUUUUAGAAAGUGUCAGGAAAUUGUUACGUAACUCCCUGACAUUUUAUGAUCCUCCUGCAGCAGCAGUUUUGUGAUUAUGCACACUGCCAUGUAUCACAAUUCCAAAGGUGCCCCUAGGCUCAAUAAGGUUGGGGACCCCUGGAAGGUCUUCCCAUCUACCGUGAAGCGGAAAGAAUGCUACUCAGCAGCUGCUGCUCUCCAUGCAGUGGUUGGGGGCACAGGUGCAACUGGGAAUGAGAGUACAUGUCAUAUGAGAGUCUUUUGCCAUGGCCAAAGAGAUUAAAAACAGUAGCCAAAUUAAACCCAAUGAAACUUGAGUAUUGAUCCAGCAUUUGUGUUUCUAUAUCUCUUUUUCCUAAUGCUGAAGCUCAGAACUGAAAGGCCUUUCCCUGGUUAGCAGAAUCUCUUGAUGCUGAAUAAAGGAUGCUUGGGUUGUC